GAAUUCGGUUAUCUGCACCGGAGCACUCUCGGAGUGCUCCAGAGCAGGAGUAGCAUGUUCGGUUUGACAAAUGUGCUCUAGUGCAGAUCGUUUGGAGUAUUCGCUUUAGCAGCACUGCUCCGGCGCAGAUCGUUUCGAGUAUUCGUUUUGGCAGCACUGCUCCGGCGCAGAUCGUUAUUUGUGUUCGAAUUAAGAAGUGUGCACUCUCAAGGAUCGAAAGGUGCAACAAAAUUUGCUCCCACAAUUUUGUUAGUGCAGUUUAAAAAAAUGUCAAGAGAAGCGGCAAAUUUAAAAAUUUCACUUCUAACAGAUUUAAUUGACACCUCUAGCGAUAGUAGUAAAGACGAAUUAUGUUUUUUAUAAUGAAUUUUGUAUUUAGAGAAAGACUAACAUUCAAUAUUUUAAUAUUUAAUAAAAACAGUAAGUUUAAUAAAUAAAAAAUAUGUAGUAGUAAUAGUAUAGUUUUAGUUUAGUAAAUAAUUUUCAAUAUUUCUAAUAUUUAAAUAAAAAUACUCAUUAUAAAGUAAUUAUUUGGUCUCAAAGAAAUAACCUUUUCACUUAUUUUAUUAUUGUUGUUGUUAGUAGUUCAAAAUGUCAAAUAGUGUAAACAAAAUUUAUAUCAGAAAUAUUAUUCGAUAAUUUUGUGAUUAACAAUUCUGCUAUAUCAAAACAUUGACCGAAUAAGAUUUUAAAAUUCUAAUAAAAAUAUCAAAUUUUUUGCUUUUAAAAAUAUUAUUUAUGUAUACAUCAUAAAAUAUUUAAUUUUAAGUAAAAUAAUUUUACAUUUAAGAAGAAAAUAUAUUGCAUAAUAUAAUGUAUAAUAAUAUAUAUAAUAUAAUAAAUAUAAUAUUAUAUUACAUUAUAUUAUAUAAGUUUAAUUAAAUUUAAACUUCGCGCCAAACGAGCAGUGUAUGCUUUACACCAUAGCAGUUCAUGUUGUGCUCCUGCUCCAAAAACAGUCAAACUUUGCCAGUGUUCAUGACGUCAUAGAUUGCCUCAGAGUAGAGCACAGCUUUUUGAGAGCAGAGUAAACUAUACUCCUACACCGAGCAAGAUCGCUCUCGGAGCAGAUAACCGAAUUCGCUAUAACUAAAAGUUCUGUGCAGUGAUAUUUAUUUAAUCUUUAUAUAAUUUGCAAAUCUUAUCAUUUAUUGUGAAUAUUUUUCAAUAAUAAUGUUCAGUUUCAUUUAAAUAUUAGACAAUUUAAUAAAUUUUCAAUAAUAGGAUUAAAGGGCGAAAUAGGAAAUAAUGUGAAAGAUCGAUAAAUACGAUACAAUCAGUAAGAAUAAUUGUCUCCAUCCAGGGAAUCUUCGGUCUGUAAGUCUUUUCAUGGCGAAGCAUCGUACGAAAUGCAGGGACCAAAUUUCCUGACGGAACCUGCAUCGCGCGUGGAAUUUACUAACGUGAGUGGCGGCAGAGUGGACUGCAUCGUUAGAGGAAAUCCCGAGCCAACUGUGGAUUGGUUGGCUGCAGAUGGCGGAAGUGUGGUCACCAUUCCAGGUAUAAGGCAUGUCCUUGGGAAUGGGACCGUUCACUUUCCAGCUUUUGAGGCCGAGGCCUUUCGUCAGGACGUGCAUUGGGCCAUCUAUAGGUGUUCUGCAAUCAACAGCGUUGGUGCUGUUGUCAGCAGGGACGUCACUGUUAGAGCAGUGGUGCAUCAGAGGUACGGACCGGAAGUACAAAGUCCCGGUGGUUUCCUGGGCAACAACGUACUUAUGCGAUGCAAUGUGCCGAGUUUUGUUCGUGAUCACGUCAGCGUUACUUCUUGGCUUCAGGAGCCAUCCUUCAACAUUUAUCCAUCCACUAUAAGCGAUGGCAAGUAUCACAUGCUGCCAAGUGGAGAGCUACUGAUAAUUAAUAUUUCACGGAGUGAUGUGCAGAUGACUUAUCGAUGUAGAACGCAUAAUCGAUUGACUCAGGAAAAUGUCGUCAGUAAUAAUUUUGGCCGUGUGCAACUGACAGAAACUCGUGGAUCUAUGCCGCCAAUGUUAAAUGAUAAGUUAGUGUAUAUAACAGCAAGAAUAGAAGAGACUAUUGUAAUUCCAUGUGUUGCCUACGCUAAUCCUCGGCCUACGAAUAGGUGGUAUUAUAAUCGAAAUCAGAGGGAUGAACCAAUUGACGAAUCGUCUGGACAUUUUUUGGUCCGUGAUGGCUCAUUAAUAAUUCAAAACGUCCAAGAAUCUGACGGUGGCUCCUACAUGUGCACUGCAAGUAAUUCAGAAGGCAGUGAAACAAUGGAAGUAAAAUUAACUGUAUCUGCACCAUUAAGUGUUCACGUUCAACCUGCCAUUCAAACAGUUGAUCUUGGGAAAUCUGCUUUCUUGACAUGUAGCGCCAGUGGAUUUCCUCAAGCUGCAUUUUAUUGGCUGAAGGAUGGUCAGCCACUGCGAACUGGUGCCCGCAUAAGAAUAGUUUCACGUGAACGUAUUUCCGUGACGUCAGUUGCACGCGAGGACCGCGGUAUGUACCAAUGUUUUGUGAGAAAUGAACAUGAGAUGGCGCAGGGAAUUGCGGAAUUACGCCUGGGCGAGAUCGCGCCACAGUUGGUCUAUAGAUUCAUUGAACAGACAAUGCAACCCGGUCCAUCGGUUUCUCUGAAAUGUAGCGCAGCGGGUAAUCCUACGCCGCAAAUUUCCUGGCUGUUGGAUGGAUUUCCGCUGCCGCAAAACGACAGACUUCUCAUUGGCCAAUACGUAACUGUGUACGGAGAUGUAAUCUCCCAUGUCAACAUUUCGUCAGUGAAGCCGGAAGACGGUGGCGAAUACGAAUGCACAGCGAGCAGUAAAGCUGGAGAGGCAAAGCAUUCUGCCCGACUGAAUAUUUACGGAUUACCGUACGUGAGAGAAAUGCCAACUAUUUCAGCGGUGGCUGGAAAGCAACUAUACAUCAAAUGCCCUGUCGCCGGGUAUCCAAUUGAAGCGAUAAUAUGGGAAAAAGAUGGUGCGAGACUACCGACAAAUAUGAGGCAAAGAGUUUUAAAUGGUACACUGACUAUUGAAACCGUUCAACAAAAUGCUGAUCAAGGAACUUACACGUGCACGGCAAGGAAUAAACACAACUUUACUGCUUAUCGGUCAGUCGAAGUUCGAGUUAUUGUGCCACCUAAAAUCACGCCUUUCAAUUUUGCUCGCGAUUUAAACGUAGGGGAUCGUACUAGCAUACAGUGUGUAGUCGUGACCGGCGACCUGCCUCUGACAUUUACUUGGCUCAAAGAUAACGUGCCAAUUGACGAUGUAUCGGAACAAUCUCUAUCGGGUCAUGAGGCCCAAAUUGUUGGUAGUACGAAAUCGGGUCUCGUCGAACAGGCCCGUGUCAGGGAUCAGGGACCAAUAAAGGCGAUCAACAUCCGCCAAUAUGACGCUUUUAACAGCGCCCUGAGCAUUAGCACGAUCGCACCUGCACACAAUGGCACGUACACCUGUCGCGUGGCCAACGGUGCUGACACCGUCGCUCAUUCUGCACUCCUCCACGUCAACGUGCCACCACAAUGGAAAAUUGAGCCGGUGAACCAAGAUGCCAUUGUGGGUCACAGCGUUUCCAUCGCUUGUCAAGCUGAGGGAUUUCCGAUUCCAUCCGUAACUUGGAAGCAAUCUAACAGUGAGAAUCCAGGGGACUACAGGGAACUUGGUUAUGGCGGAACCGAAGGAGCUGGAGUUGCUGCGAAUGGGUCGUUGGUGAUCCCAAGGGUAUCUCGAGAGCACAGUGGCUCUUACCUAUGCAAGGCAACCAACGGCAUCGGUCCUGGUCUCAGCAAACUCAUUCAGCUAACAGUUCAUGCAGGACCAUCGGUGACCGUACGAAGCACUGAGGAAUCAGUGAGACGAGGUGAGAAAGUAACUUUGCGUUGUGAAGCCGAAGGAGAUGCACCACUCGAUCUCAGUUGGCGAACUCGUGGAAAUACUGUUGGAAGUACUUAUGACGAUAGGUACACAGUAAAAAAUUCAGCGACCACACUUGGUUUAUUAUCCGAAUUGUGUAUAAUUCAAGCCAGUCAUGCCGAUCGUGGGGAGUAUGUGUGUUUCGCAAGAAACGCUUACGGUCAUGAUAAAGUAUCCGUUCAUCUACUUGUUCAAGAACCUCCGAAUUUUCCUCGAAAUUUACACGUGGUCGAACUGGGAAGUCGAGCGAUAACUUUGGAAUGGUCUACGCCGUCGAGUGUCGCAGAUUCCUUGCAUCCCGAUUCUCCAAUCUCAAAAUAUGUUGUCCAAUAUAAAGAAGCUCAAGAUGUGUGGCAUGAACACAACACGCAGAAGCUGGUCGAGGGAGACAAGACGAUCGCUUCGGUUUCCCCGCUAAAACCCGCGACAACCUACCACUUUCGGGUCUUUGCGGAAAAUCAUCUCGGAACAUCAGCCCCAAGCGACAUUCUUCAUGUUCAAACGCAUGGAGAGGUUCCUGGCGGUCCACCGAGACAAGUUUCCAUUAAACCAAUUGGUCCUCAGCAGAUGAAAAUCAGUUGGAAACCACCGGAUCGUUCUCUGUGGAAUGGCGAAUUACAGGGUUAUGCGAUUAUCUUCACCAAUUUGGGAAGUGAUGAACAACCGGCAAAUGAGACACGAAUUAGAAUCACAGUUAAUGGAGAAGAGCCAUACGAAUAUCGGCUAACGGGUCUGCGAAAAUACACGCAAUAUAGUGUGGUGGUGAAGGCGUUCAAUAGCAAGGGCGAUGGGCCAGGUUCAGAUCCAAUGAUAGCGCAAACUCUCGAGGAUGUUCCCAGUUCACCACCACAAAAUGUGGCGUGUACAGCGUUGAAUGGACAGAACAUACAGGUCACAUGGAAGCCACCACCGGCUGACAAAGUUCACGGUAUAGUCGUUGGCUACAAGGUGGUGUAUGAAGCAACGAACGGAGCAAUGGAGAUAGACUUGCAGGGAUCACCGGAAACAAGAAUCACUCAAGCCUUGAGCGCAGUCCUUCACGGUCUUAAUCCCUACACCAACUACACGGUCCAAGUUUUAGCAUCUACACGAGCUGGAGAUGGAGUUAGCAGUAUUCCAGUAUCCUGCACUACUGAAGAAGAUGUUCCUGGCGCGCCAGAAAGGGUAAAAGCAGUGGCUAAUGCGGAGGAUUCAGUGGUGAUAUCCUGGCUUCCUCCACGACGACCGAACGGAGUACUUACAAAAUACACGGUUUUCAUUCGAGUACUGGAUCAGGGCCAAGAAGUAAAGAUCAUUAAAGACUCUCUGCCCGCGCACAACUUACACUAUGAUGCAACGGGACUCAAACUACGUGAAUCGUACGAGGCAUGGGUUACUGCCUCAACCAAAAUGGGACAAGGACCCACCACCCCAGUCAUCAAAUUUAAUCCAAGUGCCACAAUUUCAGCGGCAAUUAUCUCCUUUGGAGUUUCUGUGAUAGUACCAUGGAGGGUUGACGUGAACUUAGCCUGUCAUACAGUGGGAGAUCCAAAGCCAAUUGUUGAAUGGCGCUUGGGAGAUUUGAAAUUGCAGAAGCAACAACAAAGACUCGAUGUUGGAUCCGAUAAUACUUUACUAUUACGAAACGUUCAAAGGACUCAGGAAGGAAACUAUUCUUGUCAUGCGAGGAAUUCACUGGGAUCCGAUGAAAUCGUUUACAGUUUACACGUUCAAGUUCCACCAACGCCGCCCACUCUUCUCGCAACAGGAACGACCAACGACGCAGUUCAACUUCAAUGGAAACAGGGAGAUAAUGGAGGCUCGCCGAUUAAAGGAUUUUUAUUGGCUUAUCGAAAAGAGUUUGCUGAAUGGGAGGAGGUCAUGCUUGAUCGACGAGCGAGUACACAUUUGUUGGAGGGACUACAAUGCGGUACUAAGUAUCAAUUCACAUUGGCGGCGUUUAAUCGAAUUGGCAGUGGGAGUGCGAGUGAAAUUGAAAAUGCAAGGACCAAGGGAACAAAACCAUUGCCACCAUCGAAACAACAUCUAAUUAAGGCUAAUUUAACAUCGGUUGUACUUGAACUCGCCUCUUGGCAGGAUGGCGGUUGUCCUCUGCUCUAUUUUGUCGUCGAGUACAGAAGAUUCCUUGGAGACUGGCUCCUAGUAUCAAAUAACGUACCGCCGCAAACGAGAUUUCCAAUAGUCAGUUUGGAAAGUGGAACGAGUUAUGAAUUGAGGAUAACUGCUUAUAACAAUGCGGGUUCAAUGCAUGCGGAGUAUUUAUUUACAACUUUAACGUCAAACAGCAAUACGAGAAUGCAGGAAGUACCUUCAUUGGAUAAUGGCGAGACACCAUUAUAUCUUGAUGCACAAGUACUAGCACCAAGUGUAAUAUCAUUAUUCGCUGUUAUACUCGCCGUAGCCGGCGUAUGCUUUUGCCUAAGAACACAUCCUGUCAGAUCCGGUUCCACGAACGAUUCAAAUGCACAAAAUCAGGCAGCCCUUGAGAAUAAGCAUAAUAUGGAGCAAAGGGAGCAAUAUUAUGCGACGGUGAGAAAACCAGGUCAACAGUCACCCUGUCGUGAGGUGAGCGCACUGGAACGUAUACCAGAAUAUUCUGAAGAUAUUUAUCCGUACGCUACAUUUCAUCUGCCCGAGCAGGAAAAUCUCUCAGCGAAUCCAAUGCGUCAGGCGUAUUUUUACGAGAGAAGCGAAACAAUGUUGCAAGGCGCCCAGGUACGGUGCGAUGUCGAUCAGUACACAAAAGUUCGAGGGAGAUCACGUCGUAAAUCAAAAUCGUUUAAAUCAGAAUCAGAGGAGUAUGACACAUUGGGCUCGGACAGCGACACAGAAGUUGGAACGAGUAGUCGAACUGAAUCGUCGAAUCAUCUUGAAGAUUCGGGUCCAGCUUCGAUAAUGGCACGUUCGCCGGGUCCCAAUUCCGGACAGAGGGGACGUGAGCAGCGACUAGCCCUUGUUCCUAGGCCGGUCCAUCAUAAUGUGCUGUACCACACGCACGAAUCAAGUACAUCAACAGAGCCGUCACCAAUUUCUGAGAGAAAGACUUUUCCUAGGCUAGAAAAGCAGAGGUAUCGAGGUGGACCUCUAAACGUAACGAUGGAGGGAAAUCGACCGACAAUGAAACAUUCAGAAUCGGGUAUUCGUUCCUAUUCGACAAAUGCAUCGCCCAGCCAUAUUAUUAAUAAUCACACGAGAAUGUCGACGUACGAUAGACCAAAGGAUUCAAGCGAGAGAAAAUCCGUCGAGUCAUUGUGUCAUUUAGAUGAUGGUACAACGGCGAGAAAUUAUCAGAAAAAUUCACGUUAUCGACAUCGAGAAAAGGGUGCCGCCGAAUGGGGCAAUGAAUUGUCAACAUUGGAAUUGAAACCACCAACUGGUUUCACCGAUGCUCAUGAAACCAGCGAGGCCGAAUGCGACAUCGAUAUGAAACUUCGACUUCACCGUAAAAGGGGAGGACAAAACUGCCAACUUUCAAAAUCACCUCAGGAUUUUACCAUUACAGUCUGAGAAUUAUAAAUUUAAAUUAUAUAGCUGAUAUCAAAAUGAGAUUUGUAAAAAUUUAAUAAUUGUAAAGUUAAAAAUGAAAAAAACAAAGAAAAUUCCCUGUUGAAAUGAAAUGAAAAAAAAAACGAGGCAUUGAUAAUAUAUAUGUAAAGAAUGACUGUCUCAAGAGACAUUUAUAAUAUUAUCGCUCCAUGUAAAAUAAAGAAUGUAUUU